UGUUGUUUUCUUUCAGCGAAUACAGAAUGAAUGAGAACGUGCCGUACGAUGACGUCAGGAAAAAGAUGGCGAUGCCCAUGAACAGCACGGGAGGGGGAGGAGGAACGCGCAUGCGCUGCUUGACUUGCGGGGUAGAAAAGGAAAAGUGCUUCCAAACGGUGGGGCGAAGAGCGUUGCAGGCAGAGGGCCUUCUCAGUAGUGGAGCUCUUCCUGUGGAACGGCCUCCCUUCAGAUGUUAAGGAGAUAAAGAAUUACGUAACUUUUAGAAGACAUCUGAAGGCACUCCGUGGACCCCCUGAAUGAAGCUCAUGAAUCUGAGAACCCCUGCUCUGGAUUCAUUGUCUUCCAAUUGAUAUUUGGACCGUAUUAUAUCACACAGUAACAAAGAGAAGAAAAUACCAUGGAGGCCCCUCCCGUCACCAUGAUGCCUGUCACUGGAGGCACUAUUAACAUGAUGGAAUAUUUACUUCAAGGGAGUGUUUUGGAUCAAAGCCUAGAGAGCCUCCUUCAUCGACUCCGUGGCCUAUGUGAUAACAUGGAACCUGAGACCUUUCUGGAUCAUGAGAUGGUGUUCCUGCUCAAGGGGCAGCAGGCCAGCCCAUUUGUUCUCCGCACUCGGCGUUCAAUGGACAAAGCAGGCACUCCCUGGCACUUGCGGUACCUCGGGCAGCCAGAAAUGGGUGACAAAAACCGCCAUGCCUUGGUACGCAACUGUGUUGAUAUUGCCACAUCUGAGAACUUGACGGACUUCCUGGUGGAGAUGGGCUUCCGCAUGGACCAUGAGUUUGUUGCCAAGGGGCACGUGUUCCGCAAGGGCAUUAUGAAGAUUGUGGUGUACAAGAUCUUCCGCAUCCUGAUUCCAGGAAACACUGAUAACAUUGAGCCCUUGUCCCUCUCUUAUCUUGUGGAGCUCAGCAUUGUAGCACCAGCAGGACAAGACGUAGUUUCUGAUGACAUGAGGAGUUUUGCUGAGCAGCUAAAGCCUUUAGUUCACCUAGAGAAAAUUGAUCCUAAAAGACUGAUGUGAGCAAGAUGGCCAGCAGCUAAGGCUUGAGUAUUUCCUGUUACAGAGACUGAGGAAUUGCAGAAAGCUUUAACUCAGGUGUGGAGAGCCUUUGGCCCUUCAGGUGUUGCUGAACUAUUCAUCCCUGGCCAUUGGCCAUUGACCAUACUUGCUGGGGAUGAUGCAAGUUUUUGUUCAGCCACAUCAGGAGGGCUACAGGUCCCCCACUCUUGCUUUAACCAAUACUGAUAUAAUUAUCUUGCUCAGACCUUUGAAAGCAAAACAAAAUUCAGAAGGUUGGGUUGGUUUCUUACUAAGUAAUAAUGGAUUUUAUUAUUUGGUGAUUCCAAAUAAAGUUAGUCUAGUAUUGCAAACGGUUUUCUCUUACUGCAUUUUGGAGUUGAGGCAUCUAGUUUUUGUAAUUUAAAAUCAAAUCUUCCUCUGGCAGGAUGGGGGCAGAGCCAGCUACCAUGUUUCUCCAAAAAUAAGACACCGUCUUAUAUUUAUUUUUCCUCAAAAAAACACACACUAUGGCUUAUUUUCAGGCCAUGUCUUAUUUCCCCCCCCCCUCCUGCCGCGGCCGGCAUUGCUGCUGCGCCUAUCACUAUGCCUUAUUUUCGGGGUAUGGCUUAUAUUCCUUGAAUGCCUAAAAAUCCUGCUAUGGCUUAUUUUAUGGCUACGUCUUAUUUUCGGAGAAACAGGGUACUAUAUCUUGCUAGAACUGAUGGGAGUUGUAGUCCAGCAACAUCUGGAGGGCCCAAGGUUCUCCACACCUGGUUUAUACAAAAAGAACGGGCAACUUCAUACACAUGCUGUUUCCUUUCCUCAGUUCACACCCCACAUCAUAAGACAAAGGAUGUAAUGUACCUAGUAUUACUUAUCUGGUGCCAUCCCACUUCGCCAAGUGAUUUUUCUUCAUAAUUCAUGCAUACAAUUUUGUCCUGGCCGUGUUUCAGUUAAGUCGGAAUGCAUAUGGAUUUCCUGCUACCAGCAUUUUAUCCCCACAACAGCCCUGUGAGAUAAGUUGGACUAGGAGGGAAUGAUCCCAAAUCUCUCUCGGCAGGAAUUUGAACCCAAGUUUUCCAUGUCCUAGGUUUCUCUUUAUUUGCUACAUCACACUAGUUCUCCCAGAAUCUUAGUAUAGGAAGCUUGCAAGUUACUCAGGGAUUACGGUAUAUUCCAGGAGUAACGCCUGAAGCCAGAAUUGUAUGUAGUCAAAACACAUUGGAUUCAAUGUGGGUGGGAUUGCCAAAAUCUUUUUUCGCAGAUGCCCACCUCCUUUUCACCCCCUUUUGAAAAAUCUUACAAUUUUUUUGCAUGUAAAGCUGAAUGCACACAAGUUAAAUGUGCAUAUGUUUUGGGCUUACUGUACUGCUUAGUACUCUGUAGGCAUGGUUGUUGUUUUUUGUCACAUAUGGAUUUGGGGUAAAGAGGAAAUGUUAGAAGUAGGACUGGGAAUGAGAAACCCAUUCAAGUAUUUCUUGUUUUGGGAGUAUUUGGGAAAGGGAAAUUUUAGACCUGGAUAUUCCCUCUGAACCAAUGUCCUUUGGAUUUUAGUUUAUUCAAUUCUAACAUGUUUUUCUCCUCUUCUCUCCCUGCCGCUUGAAACUAAGAGCAUAGAAUAAGAUAUGGGGAAAAGGUAAAGUUGGAAGAAUGGACAUCCUCUUAGUAUAAACAUAUUGGGUUGAGCUGCUGGCUGUUGUACAAUGAAUACAGUAUUACAAUAAGAACUUUGUAGACUAAUUGGAGUAGAGGGGGCAGGAUGUAUCCUUGACUCACUGCCAUUGCGCAUUAAUGCUUUUAUGGUGAUAAUAAUAGAAUGAAUGGUAUCUGAAGAAGUGUGCAUGCACACGAAAGCUCAUACCAAAAUAUAAACUUAGUUGGUCUUUAAGGUGCUACUGAAGGAAUUUUUUUAUUUUGCUUCGACUCAGACCAACACGGCUACCUACCUGUAACUAGAAUAAUAGAAUGAGUUACCCCUGUUGCAUUAACUUUGGAGAGACUGGAUUAUCAUGCCACCUGGCCAGCAAAGGAACAGGAAUUCAGGUGAGGAAGGGAGCGGCUUCUCUCCCCAGGAAUUUCUCUCACUUUCUCCUUGUACAUUGUUAAAGAAUGAGCAGAAUGUCACAUCUAAGGUGCUGCUGCCAUUGAGACACAAGUGUUGCACAGAGGCACUUUAAUGACCAGUGAUGCCAGCUGUGCUUAUCCAAGGUGAGACCUGCACUGCAGCUUGGCUAGGUGCACUUAAUUAUUUCACAGGAACAGAAUGUAACUUUGCCUCAGGACCUAAAAUAUGCCUACAGCAUCCUUUGUCCCUUACAGAACAAUUACGCUGCUCUUUUGUUAUGUAAUUGGCAUAAGACUCAUCCUCUCUGAGCUGGAUCAUUUCAGAACCGGCCAUAAUUACUCCACUGAAGAGCUUCCAUUAUGCUAACACUAAUCAUAAUUAGUAAAAUUAUAGCUAAGUGAGUAGUAAAUGUUUAAUGAACUUGUCAUGUCCAAAUAAAAUAAAAUCCUCCUCCUAACUGUUUCCAGAUACUUCAAACUGGAGCUUAAUGGGACUUGCUUCCCAGUAAAGCUGUAUGGCAUUGUCUUGCAAAGACAUGUUCUUGAGGUUCUAUUAUAUUCAUGAUUUACACUCUGCCCUUCAAUUAAACAAUUAGUGAGGCUUACAGUAAAAUAGAAGAUCUAUAAAAAUAUUCUUAAAAUACCAAAUUUAUAAAAGCAGCAGUAAAAUGUGCAUGACAGAGUCGCCUUCCCCUCCAACCAAUAACCAAAACUUAGAAAGCCAAAAAACAGCGAUUUAAGAAAACCAGUAAAAUAUGCAAGAUCUGUGCAUGCAAGCACAAAAUCAUCAAAAGUUUAAAAGUCUGGAGAUAUAAAAAGUUUUGUGCCUAGUGAAGAAAAAUAUUAAAGUGAGCAGCAGGCAGUCCUCUUUGGGGAUAAUGUUCCAAAACCAAGGUAUCGCCACUGAAAAUACCCUUGAUGAAACCAUUUGCCAUACUGGAUGGCAGGGAACCUAGAGGAGGGUCUCGAAUGAAGUUCUCACAGUAUGGGUAGGCAUGUGUAGAGAUGGGUUAUAGAAAAGUUAUUGUGAUUCUCAAGAGCCAGCCAGGGUUUUUUUUGUUGGGGGGAGGGGAUAGAUU